AUGUCCAUCACCACCAUCUCGCCCUCCACGGGCCUCCCCAUCUUCACCCAUCCCGGCAUCUCCUCCCCUGCCGCCCUCCUCUCCGCCGCGUCCGCCUCCUUCGCCAGCUACCGCAGAACCACGCUCGCCCAGCGCAAAACCUGGAUCGUCGCCGCGCUCGACUACCUCGCGGGCAUCAAGGCGACGCUGGAGGAGGAGCUCACGGCGCAGAUGGGACGGCCCGCGGCGUUUGCGGGCACCGAGAUUGAGACGAUGCGGAAGCGGGCUGAUUAUAUGCUGGAGAGGGCCGAGGAGGCGCUGGGGGACAUAAGAGGGCAGGAGGAAGAGGGUUUCAAGAGGUGGACGAGCCAGGAGCCGGUAGGACCGGUCCUGAUUGUUUCGGCGUGGAAUUUUCCAUAUCUCAUCACAAUCAACACCAUCGUUCCCGCCCUCCUCGCUGGCUGCCCCGUGCUCCUCAAGCCCUCGCCGCAGACGCCACUCGUUGGUGAACGCUUCCUCGAGGCCUUUACCGCCGCCGGCCUGCCCGCAGGCGUCUUCCAGGUCCUCCACACCGGCAGCGCCGACAUCGUGCAGCAGGCCGCGCGGCACCCUGCCGUGGCGCAGGUCUGCUUUACGGGGUCCACGGCCGGCGGCCUGGCGAUGAAGAGGGCCACCGUCGACCGCGUCGUCGGGCUGAACCUGGAGCUCGGCGGCAAAGACCCCGCGUACGUCCGCGCAGAUGCACAUCUCAAGUGGACGGCGGCCAACAUUGUUGACGGCGCCGUCUUUAACUCGGGACAGAGCUGCUGCGCGGUGGAGAGGGUGUACGUGCACGAGGACGUGCAUGAUGCGUUUGUGGCGGAGCUGCAGAAAGAGUUGCAAGGAUAUAAACUCGGAGACCCGGCGGACAAGGCUACGACUGUUGGCCCUGUGAUUUCCGCGGCAGCAGUCAAGGCCAUCACCGCACAAGUCGAUGACGCCCUAAGCAAGGGCGCUGUAGACGCGACGCCUGCCAACGCCUCGUUCCAGACUCUGCCGUCUCGCGGCAGCUACAUCGCCCCUCGAAUUCUCACCAAUGUCAACCACUCCAUGGACGUCAUGACAGUCGAGACAUUUGGGCCCAUCAUCCCCGUCAUGAAGGUAAGCAGUGACGACGAGGCGGUGGCGCUGAUGAAUGACAGUGAGUACGGCCUGACGGCGAGCAUCUGGACGAGGGACGUGGCGCAGGGCGAGGAGAUUGGCGAGCAGGUCGAGGCGGGCACCUUGUUCGUGAAUCGCUGCGACUGCCCAAAUCCGGAUCUUGCGUGGGUGGGUUGGAAGAAUUCAGGCCUGGGCUGCACCCUGGGGCCUCGUGGGUUUGAUGCAUUCGUCAAGCUGCGCAGCCACCAUGUACGCCUCACACACUGA